UUACCUAGGAAGCAGGAAGCGCAAGUAGUACAGCACUUUAAAGUGUAUAGUUCUUAUUGGAUUUCUAUCUUUUACAGUAUUUAGUUUUUCAUCAUGUAAUAUAUUUAUAUCAUAACAUACUAAACUUUCAGUUGAAGUCAACAAACUUAGAGUAGUUGGGGGCGAUAAAAAAUGAACAUUGACGUGGAGUUUCACAUUAGGCACAACUAUCCAUGGAGCAAGCUUCCUGCAAAUGUCAAACAGAGUCUUGGAAAUUCACAGAAGGAAUACGAGGAACAUGUUCUUCUUUAUAGCAUCCGCAAUCAGCUACGAUUUAGGAAUAACUUAGUGCGGUAUGUAAGGAAAGAUGAACGGAAGUAUUAUGAAGAGCUGCUAAAAUACAGCAGAGAACAUCUUAUGCUCUAUCCAUAUCAUUUAUCUGAUAUAAUGGUGAAGGGGUUGAGAGUAACACCAUUUUUAUAUUACAUAGGAGUAAUGGAGGAUAUUAUGAACAAUGAAAAAAGCUACGAUGCAUUACCCAAUUUUACUGCAGCUGACUGUCUAAGACUUUUGGGUAUAGGAAGAAAUCAGUAUAUUGACCUUAUGAAUCAGUGUAGAUCCUCCAAAAAAUUUUUCAGAAGGAAAAGUGUCCGUGAUCUUCUUCCAGUAAAACCGGUGGAAAUUACUAUUGAACCUUGGUGGGUAGUGCAACCUGGCUAUAUUACAGAGGGUGACAUUAAGAUUUGUUCAUCAUCUGAAAAGAAUGCUGUUGACAAGAUGAUUGAUUCAGGUCCUCAGCUCGCUGGAUCAUUGGAACACAAUGUUGUUCACAGUUUGUACAAUAAGGGAUUCAUUUACUUGGAUGUGCCAAUAUCUGAUGAUAGCUGCAUAGCAGUGCCACCACUUGAAGGGUUUGUAAUGAAUCGACUCCAGGGUGAUUACUUUGAAACACUUCUCUACAAAAUCUUUGUGUCGAUUGACGAGCAUACAAAUGUUGCGGAGCUCGCAAAUGUGCUAGAAAUAGAUCUCUCCUUGGUUAAGAAUGCAGUCUCUCUCUACUGUCGACUGGGUUUCGCACAUAAAAAAGGACAAAUUAUAAAUCUUGAUCAGUUUCAUCCAACCUGGAAGAAUGUGCCAUCAGUAAACAAACUAAAAAGCUCAAUGGAUCCACAGAAGAUGCUUCUUAACUGGGAAGGGGAGGAAUCCAAAAUCACCAUACAGGAUACUGGAGGUCCAGCAACGGAUACCGAUUCUAAUAGCCUGGAGGACCAAAGUGACUCAGCCAGCCUCAGCAGCCUAAGCAUAUCUACUGGUCACACAAAACGAAUUGCAUUUCUGUUUGAUUCUACCCUCACUGCCUUUUUAAUGAUGGGAAAUCUGUCACCAAAUUUGAAAAGUCAUGCAGUCACAAUGUUUGAGGUUGGAAAGUUGUCUGACGAAUCUUUGGACAGUUUCCUUAUAGAACUGGAAAAGGUUCAAAAUACAGGAGAAGGAGAAGCACAAAGAUAUUUUGAUCAUGCACUAACUUUGAGGAACACUAUACUCUUCCUACGGCACAACAAAGACUUGAUAUCCGAUCCUGAACAUCCAAAUAAUGGUUUCCCUCUGGACCUUUUACGUUGUGAAAGUUUGCUAGGGCUGGACCCUGCUACUUGCAGCAGAGUACUGAACAAAAAUUAUUCAUUACUUGUCUCUAUGGCACCACUUAGCAAUGAAAUCCGACCAAUAAGUAGCUGCACACCUCAGCAUAUUGGACCACCUAUUCCAGAAGUGAGUUCAGUGUGGUUUAAAUUGUAUAUGUAUCAUAUUACUGGACAAGGACCACCAUCUCUGUUGCUGUCAAAGGGAACAAGACUUCGCAAAUUACCCGAUAUUUUUCAGGGCUAUGAUCGCUUACUAAUAACCUCCUGGGGCCAUGAUCCUGGUGUUGUCCCUACAUCCAGUGUGCUUACAAUGUUGAAUGAUGCAUUAACACACUCAGCUGUACUAAUUCAGGGAUACGGUAUAUAUGGCCCUGGUGACACUGUUCACGUACCUUUCCCAUUUGAUGAAGCAGAGCUAAAGAAUGAAUUUUCUCGUGCAAGCAUGAGUGUUCAUAAAGGUAUAACACUGCUGCGAGAUAAACUGGACUUGAAUCAUUUCUGUGGGUACAUCAGCAUGUUGAAUUCUACCAGUCGACAAGCCAGAAGAAUGAGUGAUGACUAUGAUGGAAAAGGUGACUCUGAACUUGCAUCCAGUUCUGAUGUAAAUGGUAGUACAGAAUCCUUUGAAAUGGUUGUUGAAGAAGCAGGAAGUGAAUCUACGAUUAGACAAACCACUGAAGUUUCAACUACAGAACAAGAAUGGGUCCCACUGGAAUUGUGCUUUGGAAUACCUUUGUUCAGUUCCGAUCUUAACAGAAGAGUCUGCGAGAAAAUUGCUUCACAUGGACUGUGUGGCAAGGAGAGCCUUCAAAAACUGUUGCAUUCAAGCAGAAAACUUUCCCUUCAGGUCCUCAACUUUGUUCAUUCAUUCCAGGAAAUUGUUUCAGUUGUGGAUUCACCUUCAGAGACAACUCUGUCAAACUUAUUGUCUCCAAAUCCUGGUGCUGAUAUGGGAGUUCCUCUUCCUGCAAAGAACUUGAUAUUUCGAGAUGGUGUCUUACAAGAAUGGAAUGGACGCUGCCCUUUCACAAUACUGUUUUCAGAUACAUACAAAGAGCAGUCUAAAUAACUAACUUUUCUGAGUUUCUAUCAGUUAUGAACAUUCCUGUUUUAUCAGUUACUGUUUUGUGUUAUUUCUGUUGAGAAAUAUGAAGUAUUUCUCUGAAUUUGAAUAGACACUUUAAAAUGUUCAUUUCAUCUACGUAUGGCAAAGAGUUCAGAGGAAGACACAAGAAGUUAUAAAUCUGAAAAUAUAUAAGUCAAUAUUUGUUAGCUGCAAGAGUGUGUGUAUCCAGAUUUUGUUCUGCAUUCUCUCAGUUGUUGUAGAAUGUUCAAAGAACAUAUGACUGAGGCUGAUUCUUGCCAUUUUGCAAGAGAUCAGCUGGUAUUAGUUGUGUUUUCACUGGCUGACUGCAGUGUUUGCUGAUUCAUGCAAGUAUCUCAGAAAGUAUUCCAGUUUCUACAAUAAUUCUGUAGAAAGCUCCAAAUAGAAGCUUAUUCAGUAAAGCUGUUCUCAACCAGUAUGACCAAGUUUGUGACUAUAAAGAAAUUCCUUGUAUAUAGAGUAAUAUGUUCAGUAGGUGUGUGUGUGUGUGUGUGUGUGUGUGUGUGUGUAUAUAUAUAUAUAUACAGAUACACACACACUCACACGCACACACAGCAUUUACUGCCAAUAUGGGGAUACUUUAUCAGGUAUACAACAGUAUGCACUUGAUUACAUUUUGUUAAAUUGGGGAUCAGUGAUUAUAAUGCUUGAACACUGAUGAUUCAGACUGAUUCUGACAUAACUGUUGUGCAUUUCUGGUGAGACCCUUAUAUUUCAGAACAUUAUCCAUUCCUGAAUUGUGUUAAAUAUCCCAGAGUUGGUAGGUGAAACAGUCACUGUUUACAUAUCAUAAAUAUUUUAUGUGAUAAAGGACCAAGAAUGGAAUCUAUACAGUUUAAGAAAGUAUUUAUUAUAAUUUUACAUUUUCUCCUAAUAGCGUAUUAUAUAGCAUUAUCUAGAGAUUGUAUUUGCUACUAUGUUCAAGGAUACACAUUUAAGAAGGUUCCCUGUAUGUAGAAUUUGCAUACAGUAUGUCAUAAAAUAUUAAAGUAAUGCAUUUGUUAUUUUGCAUUUGCUUUGAUCAUUAACUGUAAUGUUUGUCACCCACUGCAAUCACUUUGAGUACUGAUAAAAGAUGUAAUCUUCUAUA